GUAUAGUUUUUAAUGUUUACAGUAGUCUGGUUGGUUAUCAUGGAUAUUGUCUUAACCCUAACCCUAACGCUAGCCCUUUUAGUAAUUCCUUCGGUUUCUGCGAAUUCCGAAGGGGACGCUCUCUACACGUUGCGGAGGAGCUUGUCUGAUCCGGAUAAUGUCCUCCAGAGCUGGGAUCCGACACUUGUCAACCCUUGCACCUGGUUUCACAUCACCUGCAAUCAGGACAAUCGGGUUACUAGAGUGGACCUUGGCAAUUCCAACCUAUCUGGGCAUCUGGUGUCAGAGAUUGGGAAGCUUGAACAUCUGCAAUAUUUAGAGCUCUACAAAAACAACAUUCAAGGGACAAUACCAGUUGAGCUUGGUAAUCUGAAGAGCCUGAUUAGUUUGGACUUGUAUAACAACAACAUUUCAGGAGUCAUUCCUCUAUCUCUGGGAAAGUUGAAGUCUCUAGUAUUCUUGCGGCUUAAUGACAAUCAUCUAAGUGGGAAAAUACCAAGGGAUCUAGCUGCCAUUUCCAGCCUCAAAGUUGUAGAUGUCUCAAGCAACAAUCUUUGUGGAACAAUUCCAACCACUGGGCCAUUUGAGCACAUUCCCCUGAGCAACUUUGAGAACAACCCACGGCUGGAAGGUCCAGAGUUACAAGGACUAGCAACUUACGAUACAAAUUGCUCAUAAAUGACAGUUGACACAGUAACACUUUUGAACUGUACCUUAGUGUUAAAUUGGUUUUCUCUGUACUAAAGUAUGGAUGGGAUAUUCAUUCCUUAUAUAAUAUAUAUGGGUUUGGUGGUAAAUGUAGUAUCUCAUAACAAUGUAUAAAUCUUUGUUCACACCUAAAUCAACUUGCAUGUGUAAUUGUAGUAGUCACUUUGCCUUUUAGAUUAUAAUGUCAGCAAGUUUUCUAUAUUAUG